AUGUCAUUCCUUUUUAGAAGAUCUAUAGAACAACCUCGAGUGAAUGAGAAGGAGACCAAUAAAGAGGUAAAGGAUGAACCACAACACCAACAACAAGAAAAAGAAGACGAUAAUUCUAAGCAAGAAGAAUUAUUGUCCGAUUCUGUAAACGAGAAACCAAAAGAGCAACCUAAACCAGUGAAAAGAAGAGGGACAUUUUUUGGUAAUUUACUUGGAAAUGGUUCAAAGAAUAGUUCUUCAGCAUCAUUAAACUCGUCACAUUCUAGUGUUUCUAGUCUGAGUAAAUUCCCUCCAUUGGGACCAUUGACACUUACUGGGUAUAAAGAAUCAACUCAUCAUCGAUUACUAGAUCUGGAAUUGGCAAAUAAUAUAAGGAAUCUAAUCCCGGCUCGAUUUCAAUUAUUUGAUAAUUGGGAGUUGGUAUAUUCAUUAGAACAACAUGGAAUAUCAUUGAACACUUUAUAUCGGAACUCCAAUCCAGAACAUCAACUAAGACUACUAAAAAAACAGAAAGCAGCAGAAAAGGGGUUUGCCGAUUCUAUAGUAAAGAAUAUGGUGGUUGGUGAUACAUCUAGACCCAGAUAUUCAUUCGAACCCAAAAGAUCACAAUCGUACGUUUUAGUGAUUAAAGACAAUCAUAAUAACAAAUUUGGUGCUUAUUUAAGUGAGAAUUUGAAACCAAUGGAACAUAGAAGAUAUUAUGGUAAUGGUGAAUGUUUUCUUUGGAAAUGUGAAAAAUAUGAUCCAUCUAAAUUGGAUCAUGCCGUUGAUAAACGGGCAACUCAAGAAAUCCGAUUUAAAGCAUUUAUGUAUACCGGGAUCAAUGAUAAUAUUAUUUAUUCCAAUCACGAUUUCAUUGCCAUUGGUUCAUCUAAUGGUCAAAACGGAUUAUUUAUUGACAAGUCAUUAUUAUCUGGUGUUAGUUAUAGUUGUGAUACUUUUGGAAAUGAAAUAUUGAAUUCAUCACCACAAAAUGCAAAAUUUGGUUCAUUCAAAAUAAAGGGACUAGAAGUUUGGAGAAUAGGUACCUUAGAGUAA